GUAGGAGCUAUGGUCAUUGUUGGAGUUCAUGAUGCCUGAUAUAUUUGCUACUGGGGAUGUUGAUCUGAAGAAGCUGCUGAAUGCAGAAGAUCGCAAACUAAUUUCACAGAUAAAGUCCAUUUUAGGGCCAUUUAUUCUUAGACGUUUGAAGUCAGAUGUAAUGCAGCAGCUUGUUCCUAAAAUCCAACAUGUUAAGUUUGUUGUCAUGGGCACAGAGCAGUCUGAAGCUUACAAAAAUGUCAUAAAUGAGUACCGUGCCGCUUGCCAGGCUCGUAGUGCCAAGUCUUCAGAUGGCAUUUCCAAUAAUAUUGCUGGAUUGAUUCCAAAGCGACAAAUAUCAAACUAUUUUACACAGUUUCGUAAGAUUGCGAAUCACCCUUUGCUUAUAAGGUGUAUUUAUGGUGACAAAGAUGUUGAUCGAAUUGCACGGUUGCUGUACCCUAAAGGUGCAUUUGGCUUCGAAUGCUCCUUGGAGAGAGCAAUACAAGAGCUAAAGAACUAA